CAAUCCACUGAUCCCACCACCCCCAGUCUCUCACUCUCUCUCCUCCCCCAACUCCUCAUACUCUCCGCUCUCCGGCGACCGGCGGCGACCGGCCAUGUACAGCUCAUACUCCGCCGUCGCCCUCGCGCUGAGGGCCGCCAAGCCGUCCUCCUGCGCCCACUCCACUUACCACCACCACCACCACCACCACCACCACGGCGACGGCGGCGACUGCCACCAGCAGGAGCUGCUGCUCCCGCUGAACCCUCGCGCCGCCGCGGCUCCCCGCUUCAUGCUCGACGGGUACCUCCUCCGCCACUCGGCUCACUUCCUCCUCCUCUCCGCUCGGCUCCGCCCUCCUCCUCCUCCUCCCCGCUGCUGCCACCGCCGCCGCCGAGUAGCCGCCCGCUGCUGCUGCUGCGGCGGCGGCGGCUCCGUUGCUGGGCACGUCUCUUGGCGACUGGAUCCGCCGCGGGUGUGCCGCUGCAGCGGGCACGGCGCUGGGAGGUCGUCGGAUCUUGGAGCGGUUUACCGGCGGCGACUUGAGUGCCGCUGCGGCGGCGGUGGUGGGAGGUUGGAUCUCGGGGCGGGCUGCGGGCCGCGGCGGGAUGCGCCGAGGCUGGUGGGGAGGGCGGUGAGGCAGGAGGUGUGGGAGUACGAGGGUGGCGAGUGGCCGCACACGAGCUGUUCGAUGGAAUGCCACACGGACUGGGGCGAUGAAGAGGAAGACUGCGGAAUUGCUCAGUGGGAGGCGCCGCCGAGGUUUCGUUUAAGUAGAAGGAGAAGUGAAGAGGAUGAGGGUGACAGAUGUAGGGAUUGUCAUCGGAGGAAGGAUGCGGAGAGCGAUUACUAUGAUGAAGACGAGUACAGUGGCCGGCAAAGGGAGAGGAGGAAUAUGAAUGAAAGACAUGGUAGGUUUACAGAUUCUAACCAGAGGAGAAGGGACCAGAGGGACUACCAUGAUGACGAUGAUUAUCUUGAAUUCAGGCGAUGGAAGGAGAGGAGGGAAAGGAGAGACUCUGAAUUUGAUGAUGCUGUUGCAAGGAGAGGAAUUGAAGAUAGAAGAUACAGCGAGGAUGACAGGAAAUACGAUCGGAGAAGAGAAAGGAAGGAUUUUGGAUAUGAGGGUGCAGUUGAUGUCAGGAGAGGAGCUAGUAGGUACACUGAUAAUAACCAAAGAUCUGAUUGGAGAACAGAGGAUAGGGAUUAUGAAGUUGACGUGAGGAGAGAAGGAAAGCACCGUAGAAAUGAUGAUCAAAGAUAUGUUACACGACACCAGCAGAGAACUGAUGGUACAGAGGAAGAUGUUUCACUAUUGGAGUCGUAUCGUUGGCAUGAUGAAGAAUAUGAUUACGAUGAUCGAGACAUUGCUGAGAGGAGGUACUACUCCGGGAGAACCCAGAAAUCUGCAAGAGCAUCUGCAUUGCAUGAGGAUGAAUCUAACAGGGCUUCGAGCUCAAGGAACAUAGUUGAUACAAGGGUUGCAAGAAACAAGGAGAAUUCAGCCUCAAGGGUCCGGUGGCAUGAUAAUGUAGACAAACGAGCUGAGCAGACAUCUGAAGAGAGAAACCAACGAUAUUCUUCCUCGGUGGUUCAAUCUUUUGAUGAGAAGAAACAUGACCAUGACGAUGCACAGCUUAUCAGUGUAAGGGAUUCUAGGAUAGGAACACGAGAUGUCAGGGUUAUAACUGAGGAUGAUGCAAAUUUGGCCUCUAGUUCAAAGAACACUAUGAUUUCAAAGCACCACAACACUGUAGAUCAGAAAUCAACAACACGGAAGGAUGACUCAAGGAAUAGAUCACAGAAAAUAAUGGAGCUGUCAGAAGUCAGAGGUACCAACACUGAACAUGACUCAAGAACACAAAGUUAUCACCAGGAAGAUAGAAGAAGGUACAUUGAAAAUAGGGCAUCUUCUCUUCAAAGUUCUGUAAAGACGACUAGUGACACUAGAACACAAGUUGAUCAGCAUGAUGAAGUGGAUCAGCAGGUGGUUGCACUAACUGACUCAAGGAGAAGGUCUGAAAAACUCACAGAUAUAAAAAUGGAUAGUACUUCUAAUGUUAGCAGGACCUCUCUCAAACAGAGAAAUUCUGAUGAAGUGAAUCAGAUGGAUAUUGAUGACAGAUCUAAUUCCGUUCACAAUAUAACUCAUAUUACAAGAGACAAAAAGAGAUAUGUAAACCAGCAGGUAAUACAUGAAACGGACAUAGAUGUGCAGAAUGUCACACAUGUUGAUGUUUCCAAAGUUCGUGCGAGUGAUAUUUCUGUCUCAAGGAAUUCACAAAAGGCUUCUGAAACUAGAUCUGAUAUGGCAAAUAGCCAGUUAGAACAGAUCCAUGCUAGUAAUAGUUCCAUGGUUAGGGGUCCACAAAGUUAUCUGGAGGCUGCACUGCACAACCGGGUAUACUCGACUUCAGCUACCGAUAUUGUUAACACGACAGCGGAGAAGCAUGGACAAGUCGAAGCUAGUACCAACAAUGCUGCUAUAGCAAGUACUUCUGAAAGUCAUAUCCAAGCAAGAAUAGAAGAUUCAGCUGUAAAUACUAUUGGCAGUGUGCAAGAGCAGAUUGAUCUUACUAGAAUCUGUGCUAGUGACUCCACAGUUGUUAGCAGUUCCCAUGGUCUUGAUACUAGAAGCGGUCAAGUUAGCAGAACUUCAGCUACAAAUCUUGUUGACAGGACAAGGGAGACCCGAGAUAAGAGCGAUCAGCAAAUUACACAAGCUUCAAAUAUAGACAGAAAUGACCACGUAACAUCCAAAUUUUAUGAAUCCUCUCAGGACUCUAGACAAAGUCUAGCAAGAUUGAAAGAUGCUGGGAGAUUGAUGGAACACAACGUGGGUUUGAACUGGCAGCAGGAAGAGUCAAGAAGAGUUUCUAAUGACAUGGAUAUUGCUACUUUGGAAAUGCAGAGCACUGAAGACGGAUCAUCUAUGGUUCCUGUUGACGAGGAGAAAAGACCAAUGAUAACUGGAAGCAGUGAACAAGAAGUAAGGAGUGAAACUACUGCUGGAAGCAGUAUACCAAGUGGUUCAAGUGCAAGACAGCCUGUGAAUGAAAGCUUGUUAGAAUCAGCUGCUCGAUUAGAGAAAUCAUCUACAUUUCAUGUCGGGCAAUUUGUUGGUGAGGUCCGCAAAGGAGUGUCAGAUGCGGAUACUACUUUAACAAGGAAAAAUGAUAAGUCCAUAAUGGAAGGUAUAGCAAGAUCUUCAUCUAGAUCUAGAAUGGGGGGACCAUCAGAUGAGAUGUGGGAUGUCCAAAGUGCUACUUCUCAAGAGACCUUUAAGACGGCUGAUAAGGAGGAAGGCUCAUCAGUUGAUGGAGGUACUACUUCGACUUCUCUGACACCCAAGAAUGAAACUGCUCUUGCUAGAAAAGUUCACAAAUCACUCUGGGCCUAUGUUGCAGAUAUAGUCCGUCUUGGUUGGAUUCAACGUGGUGAAUCUCUUGAUUCUAACAGCAAUAGAUCAGUUAAGAAAAGUUCAUCAAGUAAUUCUCAGAAUACUGAAGGCUGGAUUUCUAGCCAGGAACGCGAUAAUGAAGGCAUACAGAAGAAAACUGAAAGUUCUAAACCAAAAGAUCAUCUGAUGAAGUCACACACUGGAGAAUCACUAAAGAAAGAAAGCUUGCCUACUGGUUCACAAGAUCUCCUAAUAUCAGAAUCUGGUAACGUACCUCAGAUAAAUACAUCUAAAGGAGAUUUUAUAUCCAGAACUUCUAAAGAAGACGCACACAUGACAGGAGAAAAAGCAAAACAAUCGAAAGUCGCUGCAUCACCAAAACAAAAUACUGUUGGAGGCUUUUCUGAGGACAGCACGCCAACAUUGGUUGACGUUGCAAAAAAACAUUUUCCUGAACAUGAAGCUUCUACUUCAUCCAUGAUCACGACAAAGGGUUUUGCUGACAAUGACACUGGUGAAGGAGUGAUCGCUGGCACCUCUUCAAUGCCCAUCAGCACAGAGGGAGUUGGUUGGACUGCUGGUUCAGAUGAGUGGAGAUACGAUCCUUCAGGUGCUAUGACCCCUUACCGUCAUCCUCAUACCCAGGUAAUGAUGCCUCAUGAGGAUACCCCAGCAAUCCUAGAAUCAGCAGAGUUGCCUACGGUUGGUUCCACGAGGUUUGAAGAGAAGAUUGUUGUACAAGAGACUCCUGAAGUUAUCAGAACUGAUGGGAAAGAUGCUGAAUUGAAGAGGAGAAAGUUUCAGAGAAAUAAGCAGGUAAUGAAGGAAACAUUUGAUGAAUGGGAGGAAGCAUACCAGCGAGAUGCUGAACAGAGAAAAACUGAUGAGUUAUUCAUGAGGGAAGCAUUGCAUGAAGCUCAGAGGGCUGCAGAUUUGUGGGAGGUGCCAGUUGGAGCAGUGCUAGUACAGAAUGGAGAAAUUAUUGCUCGUGGUUGUAAUUUAGUUGAAGAUCUCAGGGAUUCAACUGCACAUGCUGAAAUUGUUUGCAUUAGAGAAGCUUCUAACAAACUUAAGACAUGGCGCCUGGCGGAUACAACAUUGUAUGUAACCCUGGAGCCUUGUGCCAUGUGCGCUGGUGCUAUUCUUCAAGCUAGAGUUGAUACGGUGGUAUGGGGAGCCCCAAACAAGCUUCUUGGAGCUGAUGGCAGCUGGGUUAGGCUUUUCCCCGGUGAUGGUCAAACAAGCAGUUUGGAUUCAGCAAACACAAACCAGGGGGCUGGACCUGUCCACCCUUUCCAUCCGAAGAUAUCCAUAAGGCGCGGCAUUCUCUCCGCUGAGUGCUCAGAAAUAAUGCAGCAAUUCUUCCAUUUGAGGAGGAAGAAACAGAAGCCGGAGUCGCCACCUCAUGCGCACCCCCAAGGGCGCAACCAUCCAGUCAAGUUCUUCAGUAAGAUGCAUCACAUGUUUGGCACAAUCUUCUGUUUGUAGUAACAUUUCCUUCUAUUUUUCUCUGCUCGGAGUUACAUUUCUUCCGUUGAUUCAGUCCCCUUUCUUGUGUAUUUCCCUAUGUGUAUGCCCCCCUUUUCUCCCCUGCUUUGGGUUAUUCUGUAAUGUUAGAUUGGAGGUAAUUUGAGCCGAGGAAACUACCAUCAGUUUUCGCCGCCUUUCAUGUGGUUGGUUGGUUAGGCCGUAGUGGUAACUGGCAUUCCACUCUGUAAGCACCAAUUCUGUAGUGGUUGUUUUCCACCCUCUUUUUUUUUUCUUUCUUUUUUGGGAGAACAGAGGAAGGAAAUAAAUUGUGAAUAAGAGGCCGGCAUUGAUAAUCUGCUUAUUUGGGGAUUACUAAUUAUGGCCUUGUAUUGUUUCAGCUUAAGAUUAUUGUAAUCUAGAUUAUUGAACCCGAUUACUAUAAACUGAAUUAUAAUAAGCCGACAUAAAAUAA